AUGUCGACGUCGAUUAUUCGUACCAUCAAGAAUAUCUAUUCUUCGGGUCUUAAGAGAGCCGCUUGGCAAAUCCACUCCCACAACGAUACCAAGAGAGGUUGGCUUGUGGGCACCGAUGACUUUGGCAACAAGUACUACGAGACCGAUGUUCCAGAGGAAAUCCAUAUGAGAACCAGAUGGGUUGAAUACAACGAAUGGGAAGUCGAUAUUUCCAAGGUUGAGCCAGGUUGGCAUUACUGGUUGGGUUACGGUACCAACACUCCACCAAACCGUUUGCCUGAGGACCAGGCUGCCUCGAGAGCGUACCCAUUGGAAAAGCACCAACCCAACCUUACAAACACAAGAGGUGCAUUUGUAACAUACAACACGGCCAAGCCUAAAUGCGAGAGCUGGGCUCCAGAGGUCAAGGAGAGAGUAUGA